AUGGAAUUUAAUCAUAAUAAUUCCUAUCACUAUCACACAAAACAAGAACAACCAAUUUCUAUAUACUUUUCUUUGUUCCCGCGGGCGCGGACAUGUCGCGUUGGCGCGGGUUCGAUGGCGCCGGGUGAGCGCGCGCGUCGGCUAGGCGCCCAUGCGCGCCUGGCUACUUGUGUGUGCGGCGCUCGCGCUCGCGCCGUGCCGAGCGACCGCCGCGCACGCGCAAGCAGACCUAGAGCGCAUCAAGUCACAUAUACUGGCCAAGACGACAGCCACUCUUCUAACAUAAUGAUAGAGAUCGGACGUCCGAUCACUCCCCUUAUACUUGAGUAUUUAUCAACAAGCUCAAUGCAUGGUGCGCGUGCGCAUUGUUCGUGCGCCGCCCGCGUAUCUUUAGUAGAUAAAAUGAUUGGCAUAUAUGCACGCUUGGGGCUGUCAUCGCGGCCUGUGCCGCUGGGUGCGCCACCGCGGGACGUGGUGCAGCAGAUCUUGGACCGGGCCCAAGAUAAUAAUCCUCCUGAGGAGCACAAACACGAGAGCGAGCACGCCAUGAGAGAAAUCAUUGCGAUAGCACAAACCGGUAUGAAAUCACAUACAAAGUAGAUCCCACCAUUUGAAACUACACUAGUGUUAUUCUGUUAAAA